GACAGGACUCUCUUGUGCCGCCUUCCGAUUGGCUAAAAGAGCUCCCCUGGAACCACGCCCAGCUCCUCCGCAAUCGGCUCGGGGAAGCAGGCAGUCCCGGCAGCCAGUGCCGCCGCACUUUUCGCUUCGCGCAAAGUCGCGCGCGGGCGUGUUUGCAGGGAUGCGUCUGAAUCCCCGGGAGGACGCCGAAGAGGAGAAGAGCCGCGGCUGGAGCGCUGUCCCACCUUGCCCGCUGAGCCUGCCGGCUUCUCCUUGAAGUAACAUGCUGAGCAGGAGAACGCUCGAUACUGUGUUCUUGGGAAAACAGCUGAACCUCAUCCAAAGAGCAUGCCAUUAGGAUAUUCUGCUUUUUCUACUUGGAACAUGGGGGAAAAGGAUAAUGAGAAAUAUAACCAAGCUGGCCACAUUUUUGAGAACUUUGUCCAAGCCUCAACGUGCAAAGGUACAAUCCAGGCCUUUAAUAUCCUCACUCGUCAACUUGAACUAGAUCCUUUGGACAAUAGGAGCUUUUAUACAAAACUUAAAUCAAAGGUGACCAGUUGGAAGGCCAACGCUUUGUGGAACAAGCUAGAUAAAAGAUCAAGCCAUAAAGAAUAUAAGCGUGGGAAAUCUUGUGUAAACACUAAGUGUUUGAUUGUCGGAGGUGGCCCAUGUGGUUUGCGGACUGCCAUAGAACUUGCCUUUCUAGGAGCCAAAGUAGUUGUUGUGGAGAAGCGAGACACUUUUUCAAGAAACAAUGUGCUUCAUCUCUGGCCUUUUACUAUUCAUGAUCUUCGAAGUCUGGGAGCAAAAAAAUUCUAUGGAAAGUUCUGUGCAGGAUCCAUUGAUCACAUUAGCAUUAGACAGCUUCAGCUUAUCCUCUUCAAGGUUGCACUCAUGUUGGGAGUUGAAAUCCAUGUGAAUUUAGAAUUUGUGAAAGUUCUGGAACCUCCUGAAGAUCAAGAAAAUCGAAAGAUAGGCUGGCGGGCUGAAUUUCUCCCAAUGGAUCAUCCUUUGUCAGAAUAUGAAUUUGAUGUCAUUAUUGGUGCUGAUGGCCGCAGAAACAGUUUGGAAGUUUUUAGGAGGAAGGAAUUUCGUGGAAAGCUGGCUAUUGCAAUCACUGCCAACUUUAUAAACAGAAAUACAACUGCGGAAGCUAAGGUGGAGGAGAUCAGUGGUGUAGCUUUCAUCUUCAAUCAAAAAUUCUUCCAAGAUCUAAAAGAAGAAACAGGAAUUGACCUGGAAAAUAUUGUUUACUAUAAAGACAGCACUCACUAUUUUGUGAUGACUGCAAAAAAACAAAGCCUUCUGGAAAAGGGAGUCAUUAUUAAUGAUUAUAUUGAUACUGAAAUGUUGCUCUGUGGGGAAAAUGUAGACCAAGACAAUCUACUGUCAUAUGCACGAGAAGCUGCUGACUUUGCAACUGAUUACCAACUGCCUGCUUUGGAUUUUGCAAUUAAUCACUAUGGUCAACCAGAUGUAGCCAUGUUUGACUUUACUUCCAUGUAUGCUUCUGAAAAUGCUGCAUUAAUACGAGAGAGACACAGACAUCGGCUGUUGGUUGCUCUUGUGGGAGACAGUUUACUAGAGCCAUUCUGGCCAAUGGGUACUGGUUGUGCAAGAGGAUUCCUGGCUGCAUUUGACACAGUGUGGAUGGUGAAAAGCUGGGCCCAAGGAAAAACCCCACUCGAUAUCCUUGCAGAAAGAGAAAGUAUUUAUAGGCUCUUACCUCAGACGACACCUGAAAACAUCACUAAGAACUUUGACCAGUACACCAUUGACCCUGCAACACGAUAUCCAAACUUGAACUCAAGCUGUGUUCGGCCUCAUCAGGUGAAGCAUUUAUACAUUACAAAUGAGCUGCAGCCAUGCCCUCUAGAAAGAGCAAAUUCCAUUAGAAGAUCAAUUGGCCUUUCAAGAGAUGAAUCUGACAUAAGGCCAAACAAGCUUUUAACCUGGUGUCAGAAACAAACAGAAGGAUACAGGAAUGUUUGUGUCACAGAUCUUACUGCUUCAUGGAGGAGUGGCCUUGCCUUAUGUGCAAUUAUGCAUCACUUCAGACCUGACCUCAUUGACUUUGACUCCCUGAAUGAAGAAGAUGCAGUCGGAAACAACCAGCUGGCAUUUGACAUUGCUGAACGAGAGUUUGGAAUUCCUCCCAUCACUACUGGGAAAGAGAUGGUGUCUGCCAGAGAGCCUGAUAAACUCAGUAUGGUCAUGUACCUCUCAAAAUUCUAUGAGCUAUUUAGGGGAACACCUCUGAGAGCCAUGGGUGCUAUGGAAAAGCAAAAUGGAGAAAGAAAGGAUCUUUAUUCAGCAAAAUCAUCCAACUUCAUCUUUAACAAUUACAUGAACUUAACUUUUCCAAGGAAGAGAAUACCUAAAACAGAAGAAAAUGAGACCAGUAAAAGGCGACGUAAAAGUCUCAUUAAUUUUGAAGAGUCUUCAGGUUUUUUGAAUCGAGGUACAAAUUCUGGUAACCAACUAGGAGACUUGAAAGAAGGAAUAAAUCAAAACAAAGUGAAGUCUAUGGCAACUCAGCUCUUAGCCAAGUUUGAAGAAAAUGCUCCUAGUGUUUCACUACGGAGGCAGGAUCUAAUAGAUAAACCAGCUGUGCACCUUUCUUCUGAUCCUCCUGUAAACCUUCACUUUGCUAAACACGAGGAGCCAACCUGUAGCCCACCACCUCCUCCAAAAAGACAGUUUCAGACAGUAGCUAGGGCUGACCACAUGGUCAGGGAACCCAGGCCAUCUUUGCCUGGGGCUCAUCCAGUGGCCAGGCAUUUAAGAUGUGUAGAACGGACUGAGCUGGAGUCCAGGCUUUCUGAAACGCUUGCGUCUUCCUGUCCUGCUGCAUUUGCACUAUCUGGUGUACUUCAACGCCUUCAGCACGUGGAGGAAAAAAUUAAUCAGAAGAGGGCUCAGUCCAUAGCAAAUAGAGAAUUUCAUAAAAAGAGCAUUAAAGAGAAAGCUGCUCAUCUUGCCUCAAUGUUUGGCUAUGUCGACAUCCCAAAGCUCCCAUCUCCCUCUUGCCUUUCAUCUCACGAGUCAGCUGCUGCUUCUCCGUCAUCCAUUGACUCUGCUUCCCCUGCUGUUCAUUCUGAAAAGAUGACUGUAGGAAAAGUGUCACAUGGAAUAGGUGCUAUGGCGGAAGUUCUUGUCAAUCUGUACAUGAAUGAUCACAGGCCCAAUCCAUUUUCCACCUCUUUGCAACUGAAUGAAUCAGAGAAUGGAGCUGCUGCUGCUCUCCCUACUUAUCCUGCCUCUCAAGCUUGUUCUUCCACUGCUCAAACCUGUCAGGGUUCUCUGAAGAAAGUAUUUCCUCAGUCGAUAGGUGGGAGUGACAUCUGCUGUUUCUGUAAGAAGAGGGUGUAUGUCAUAGAGCGACUGAGUGCAGAAGGCCACUUUUUCCACCGAGAAUGCUUCAAAUGUGCCAUAUGUGCUACAACUCUUCGCCUAGCAAUGUAUGCCUUUGAUGCAGAAGAAGGUAAAUUUUACUGCAAGAUUCAUUUUGCGCAAUGUAAAACAAAUAAUAAGCACAGAAAGAGAAGAGUUAUGCUAAAGACUCAUGAAAAGGAGGAAGCACAAUUGUGGCAGCAAGAAGAGGCCAUGUCUGCAGAAGCCAUCCCAGAAAAUGCUUUCACUGUUCAUAGCAGCUCAGAGGACCGGUCCCCAGAUUGCUAUAACACUCCAAUAGAUGGACCAAUAUCUCCAAAGAAGUUCAAGAAUGUCCCCGAUCUUGACUUCAGAAGCAGGUGCUCUCCUGUGUCUUCUGAGUGGGCGCUGGUAAGAGUUACCCCAGAGGAAGAUUUGACUGAACACAACCUUCUGGCUGUUCGGGUGAUGGUAACCAGUGAUGGAAGCAGCUCUGAACUAGAUCCUGAUUUUCAUGAUGAGGCAUCCAUUUCUGAUUUUAACAAAGGGCCCUUGCCUGAGCCAAGAGCCAAUACCCCAAUUUCACAAAGACCUCUGUCAUUAAGCACAAGCUUGGCAAAGGGGGAAGAAUGUUGUGAAAUGUCCAAAGCUGCAAAUGCCCUUCAGCGAGCCCAUAGUCUUCGAGACUCUUCUACGUCAAAAAAAUACCAAAACUGGAAGAAGAAAAUUCAAUCAAAUUUCCCCCUAUUGUACAGCAAGAAGAGUGGGUCAUAUUCAAAGGACACCUCUGACAGCCUUCAAAGUUGUUUUAAGGAUGACCUUUCCCAGACAGAGUUGACAUAUCCUGACAAGAUUCCAGAAAUUAUGAGGGAACAUUUCAAACCCCACAGCCCAGCAUUUCAAAUGAAAGGAAAAAACAGAGAUAAACCUGAAGAAAUCCCUUCCUAUGUGCCUCACUAUUCACUUUACAACUGCACUCGUAGCUAUCCAUUGGCACAUAGCGAAUCUACUUGUCAUGUUGAUCUGACUUCAAGUACCACUUACCCUAAGCUUGCAAGGGAGGACUACAAAAAUGAAGACCAACAUUUAGGAAAUUGGACCGUGAAUAGUGAGCAACUGACCUCCCGAUUGCUUAUCAAGAAUUCAGAUGCAUGCUCUGUAAACCCUGAUGAGGGAGACAAAACAGCCAAUAAACAACAUGACAAGCAUUUUAACAAAGCUAAAAACAAGAUAAUGAGGAAGUUAACGCUUUCAAUGGAGCAGCAGUCCAAACUACUUGCCCUGAAUGAUGCUGAGCUACAUGGGCCAAGAACAGAACAGGAAGGCCAAGGAAUUCCAGAACAGAAGAAUGCUUAUUUUAAUAGAUAUGAGAACAUACCAAAACAAUCCAGUUGUGGUAAAUCUCAGAAAUUCUCAGAUAACUGUUUGCCAGUUUUGUCUUCUGAACACAAACCUCCAAAGAAUGUUGAUCAUUGUCCCAAAGAAAACACGGCUGCCCAGCCUAAAUCGCCACUGCGGCUAAUUGCCAAUGCUAUAAAGAAAUCCAUCAUAGAACCUCUUAUUUCUCCUCCAGAAGGUUUGAAAAAGAACCAGGACAUGCAUGCCAAACUUCCUUCAGAAACCACUUUUUUCAAUUUCCCGCAUGUCCUAGCUCGCUCUGUUAGUCUAAGGAACAGCAAAAGUCAUGGAGAUUAUAAUGUGCAAAUGCAGGAGCUCAGUGUGUUGGGUAAUGUAGAAAAAGGACUUGGAAUGAGAAGUUCAGAUAUGUUUCAUUUUUCCAACAGUCGAAGAGAGGAAUGUUCAUGUGAUGACAAAGGCACAUCUUUUCCUGUUCACAGUGUGCAUAGUAGCCCUUCCAAGAGUCCUCAUAAGCCUGUGUAUUCUUCUUGUACCAAUACAGAUGAUGUGCCAACACUUCUAGAAAAGUUUACCCUUAAAGAGAACUUCUGGAAGUCUGCUAAGGAUGAUUUGCGUGCACAUAAUAAAAAAAACAUCCAUUAUUCAUCUCUAAGGCACAGGAACAAAAUUGCUGAUGCCGUUUUAGAUGGUCCUGAACAGAGGAACAAUGUAUGGAACCUAUUCAGUAGUGUUAGGAAUAAAAUAGAUGACAGACUUAAAAACCCUGUGUCACCCUGUACCAUCUUUGAUGUUGAUGAAGUGCUAAAUAAUUCUUCCAAAGGAGAACACUUGGGUUCUGAACAUUUACCUGUCAGAAAACAAGCCACUGACUAUUGUUCUUCAUCCUCUGAUGGUGAAUUAGAACACAAGCCAUGCAAGACAAAGAGAACUCUGGGAAGAAACAAAAUGUUGGAAAAGGAAACAAAGCAACUAGUUAAACAAGAAGAACUAAAAAGGCUGCAUAAAGCACAGGCUAUCCAGCGACUACUGGAAGAAAUAGAGGAAAAGCAGCGAGCUCUGGAGGUGUAUGGUGUUCAGCUAGAGAGGGAACUACGAGGAGAAUCAGAUUCAUGCACACAAGAUGAAACUCAGCUGCUACAUGAAUGGUUUGAGCUUGUACUGGAGAAGAAUAAAUUAAUGCGCUAUGAAUCUGAACUGUUGAUCAUGAGGGCUCCAAAAACAACAGAACAGGAAUGAGGGAGAGAAAUACACUGCAUACAGGGCUUCUGUAUUUGCUUUAACAGCCCAAGGGAUCAGACAAAAUUUCAUUACACAUCAUGGGGUCCAGAGUACUGGGAACCACUUAUGCUAAAACGUACCUCAGCCUACCUUGUGGUUUUUUAGCAAACAAAUUUGACUAACUACAUGGUUAACAUGAAUAUUCUGAGAAGCAGUUAUUCUCAGGAAUGACAAAGAAAGUCUUGUCCAGAACAUGCAAAUGCUAAACUAUUGUCAUGGCCCCGUCAGAGGACUCAUCAGACGAGGAUGACUCGGGAGUAACAGCAGCAGACCCAGAAGCAGCAGACCCAGAAGGAGAAAUGGAGGAAACUCCUGAGGGCCCAGCUCCUUCUCCCCCUCAGCUGCAGAGCACCCCAGACACAGCUGAAGCCCUUCAGCCAGACGCAGACAGUGAAUGGGAUACUCCCCCCUCACCUGCAGAACGUAGACAACAGGAGGUCAGGCAGAAGAGGGGCAAGCCUGUCCACUUAAGGCCAAAACGCUGAUGGCUCACACCUGCUGACAAACCUGCUCCUUAAAAGUCAAACCUUGGCUUCAGCUUGUUGCUGACUACAACGUCAGGCGUGACCACUGUGUGUCUUCCUAUCCCCUGAACCUUGACUUGGACUGAUUUCUCGGCAAACUAGACCCGGACCUUCACUGACAUCUCUUCUGGAUUUCUGGCUUGGCAUGUAAGCUUUGAACAGCCUCUGCCCUUAUCUUGCUUCCUUCUUGCUAGCCUGGCAGAUUUAUAGCCAAGCUGCCGGCUGAGGACUUACGGCCUGGCAAUUACCAAGGAAUCUCCAGCCCUGCCUGCACCCCCACCGACACUGCUGUUUCAGUGAAGAGCUGACAACUAUUUUUGCUUGUAAACAAAUUUUCACUUGUAAGCUUCACUUGCAGAGUUGGGUUUUGGAAGGGGGCAAGGCACAUAACAGGUUUCUAAGUGGAAUUUUAUAGCUCUGAGGGUUGCUUCAAAGGUCAUAUUUUAAAGUGUAUAAUGAAAAUGUUUCAUGUAAACAGCAAGAAAAUAAAAAAGUAACGUGUGUAACAAAUUCAUAUUUUCAGUCAUGAGCAUUGUGAAGGAUAAAUAAAUACAUGAUGAAGCUGGUGGUGGGCCCUUGCUGAGUGUACAUGCAACAGGCAUCACAUUUGUACUUAUUUAAUUUUUGUCCCACCCUUCUUCCAAGAUGCAGUGGGCUAUCCCAUUUUAUUUUCACAAUAAUCCUGUUAGGCUGAGAGAUGGUGACUGGCCCAUGGUUUACCAGUAAGCUUCUUGGCUGAGCUUAGUCUGAGUUGUUGUACAUAUACUGUGCCACCCUGACCCUGCGGAAGAGCCGUAGCGCAGUGCUAAGAGCAAUGUUUUUUUUAUGAUGGUAUUCGCUGGUAUGGAGUAUCAGCACCUCUUUAUUGGCUGCCCCUGGCAACCAUUUUCUGCUGGCACCCACAACACUUUAAUCAAUGUAUGAGUACCAGUUCUUCAUUUUUUCACAACAACAAAAGUACUGGCUAAGAGCAUCUGCCAUGCGUGCAGACGGUCCCUGGUUCAAUCGAUGGCAUCUCCAUCUGCAUCUGGGGAUGUCCCUUGCCGAAACCCUAGAGAGCCACUGCCAGUCAGUAUAGUUCUAUAUUGUUUUAAAUUUUUAAAUUGUGUUUUAAAUUGUUUUUUAAAAGAUGUAUUUUAAAUUGUAUUUGUUUUUGGUUAUUGUAAACCACCCAGAGAGCUUCGGCUAUGGGGCAGUAUACAAGUUUAAUAAAUAAAUAAAAUAAAUAAAUAAAUAAAUAGACAAUACUGAGCUAGAUGGAGCAAUUGGGUUAAGUCAGUAUAAGAUUGCUUCUUGUGUUCCAUUACAUUAAUGUGUGGAGCAGCCUUUCUUUUCAGUCAUUGGCUGUUCUUUAUAUAUGUUGCCUCUUCUGGAAUUCUGGCACUGAUCCAAUAUUAGUAUCUGUAUGUUGGUGGGGGCAGUUGGUGUGUUCAAAUGGGAAGGUAUUGCACUGACCAUAUGGUCUUGGUUUGCCUGGCCAUUAAUCUUCCUGACAAAGACAAAUGUCUUGAUACCACCUUUACA